AUGCGUUUCCUCUUCGGAAUCUUGAUGCUAUCCAUAGGUAGUGCAUUGGCAGAUUCUACAGGCUCUAAUUUACUACUUAUUAGAGGUAUUACCCGCAGACUGCUACUGGUUGUCGAGGGUGCUACCACAAUUGUAAUACAGACUAUCCCCGUGGCUCUCAACGUAAUGAUUGUUAUAGCGGGUGCAAAACUCUAUUCAGUGAUUGUUAGUAAGAUUGGCAAUAGUUAG